AUGAAUUACGACCCAAUACACGAUACAUUUGUUAGUCCAUCGGCUAAGGAAGCAUCUGCAACAAAUACAGAGGAUGACAACUUUACGAGUUCUAAUGGUAAUAACGUAAAUGAGAUCGUUGAAUCUCCAACGCGGAAAGUAUUUUCUAUUGAAAACUUGAUGGGACCCGGGAGCACUGUUUCUAAUGUAGGAAGUGCAGAGGAGGGUGAAACAGAGACGGAUGCGGAACACGAUAAUGAUCAUGAUUUUACAGCUGCUAAUUCUUCAGAGGUCGAAGGUGAUUUAUUGCCAAAGGAAAAAGGAGUGAAGAAGUCCGGUAAAGCAAAGAAGACAAAUGCAUCUUCUGCAUCGAAGGGAUUCCGUCACUUAAAAAAAUCGGACGGGGAGCCAUUUUGGCGUCGUGAUAUUCAAUAUGACUUCCUCCAAGAGUUGUUCGACGAUGAAACUAAAGCAUUUACCAAUUAUUUUCCAUUUUGUGACAUACCGACAGCCAACAACGAGCCUAAAAUUACGUUUUCAGAGCUUUACAUAAGGACGUUAGCUGAAUCUGGAAAAUGUUCAAAAAUAUUAAAGGAAAGAUUAUUAAAGGAUGUUGAGAUGGGUAAGUCCGUUGGUAAGGUCUGUUUGUUAGUUAACGCUGGUCGUAUGAAUACUACUGUAAAUUUUGUCCCUGAAAUGAGGUCUACAUUGAGGACUUAUCAUUCUAUACCAUCGUUACAAGCAGAUCCAGUCUAUGGGGGAUCAAAGCCAUUGCAAGAUACCCCUAGAUUAAAAUCUAUACUAAAGGCGGUAUCUGAUGUUCACGAAGAAUUGAAGUCAUUGGAGGAUAUUCUUGAAAACCCCCCAGCAGAUAAGCCAAAUACAAAUCUUGUUCAAUUGUUGUUCUUUUUAAGUAACAAUCUGAAAUCCAUUAAAUUUCACCACGAUUCUAAUGAAUACUCUGACAGCAAUAACUUCAUGGAAUUUUUUUUAAAUUCUCAUAUUCACCCUAAGAAUCGUGCUAGAAGAUUUCUUUGGUUAGUUUAUACCUAUUUGGAGACUAGCUUUACAGAGAAUGAACUAGCAUUAAACCCAUUCAACCCAAAUGAGAUUCCCCCAAUAGAGUUAAUACCAGAUAAUGAAGUUGAUGAAUUUGAUAAAGAUACGGAUUUUGAAAUUGAGUACUCAGAAAAGAUGUAUAAAACAAGGCUAAGAUACUUGGCCGACGAAGAACACAAUAACAAUCCUAAGCGUGGUAACAAAUCAAAAAAAGAAAAAGAAGCUAUUGAUAGUGAAGACAACACCUUCGAUGAAUCAAUAGAUACGUCGUUGGAACAAGUUCCACUGACUACUAGCAAAAGACCCUUACCAGCGGACGAUGUGAAAGCACGUAAGCGGAAGGGAAAGAGAAAUCCAGCCAUGCACAAUACUGUUGUUUCUUCGCCUUUAACAAAGAACGUGAUAACAUCAUCAACGGAAGUACCUAGCUCGCAUGACGCGGAAAGUGAGCAAGCAGUGGAAACCAAAGAGGACACGAAUAUUAAUUCUGGACAUGGCAAUACAAGCAGCAAUAAUGAAGGGGGUGGAUCUACUGGAUCUUUUGAAGAAGUGCCACUACCAAAUGGAGAGCAUCUUUCAUUCCCGAUCGAAGGACUUUCAUCUAUUGUUGAUUUGUAUAGUAGCUCAAUUGAUACUCGUUUAGAACCCGAAAGUACCGUCUCCAUAACAACACAUAAUAAUAUUAUAGCAAAGUCUAAACCAGUUAUCCGUCAAGUUCGAAAUUCCUCUAAAGCUGCAGGCAUAGAAUUUUCCAAAAAGACUGAUAUAUUAACUGAUUGGCUUUACAGGUUUUUUCAAUACAAGAAGUCCAGUUCCAAUGGACUUUUGGGAAUGGAGUGGGAGUCGGUUCGUUACGAUUUGGUGCACGGAUCUGAAGCAUUUAUUUAUCAAGAAUUAGGUAGAUUUGUCAAUUCUCAACUAGAUUCACCUGAGCUGGCAAAUAACACUAAUACUUCUAAUAACAUGAUUGAUGCGAACGGUGAAGAUUUAGGUUUUGAUUAUUUACAGAUUCAUGACUUUAAUCAUUUCAAUGAAAAAAAUUCAUUUUUGAUUAAUUUGAUAUCCUACUGCCACAGGUAUUUUAUUGAGCAAGAAGCUCAAAAUCUUAAGACUAAAGACCAAAAGCAAAAUCUUAUUAAAUUUGACUUGCUUAAGGAAGAAAUCAACUACGCAUAUGAUAUAUAG